GCAGGACCCUUGAUUACUCAUUCCGUCCAGGUACAGCGGAAGCUACCCGACCUGAGGUGCUCCGCUCCCGCUAUUCUAAUUCUUGUAUGCCUGCGCCAGAUUAUCGGUUCAUUUUCUAGCAACGUUAUCGCGCCUUUUGCAGCAGCCGCGGGUGUGCAGCCUCACAGGGAAUUAUAGGAGUAGGAAUGCGUAUUAAAUGAGAGCUCUUGUGUUUCAGUGCACUCGCGGGGAGAAGUGAUGCAUUGAGGAAGAGCUGCUUUGCGGGCGUCUUUUUUUCCGAGCUCCAUUACACGAACGACGAACCAUCACAAUGGCUACUCUUUUGAGAAAAAUCGGGCUCAUUCGACUGCACGACCGAGACACGGAGGACCCGAAGCAUCACCACCAGGGCUCAUUGAAAGGGACCAAAGGCAACCAGAAAAACAACAACACGAAGCACUGCAACACCAGCAACGAGACCAACAACAUCCUCAGCACGCCCGAAAUCAAAGCCAGGCGCUUCGACGUGUCCGGCAAGGACAAGCCAGCCGUCAAACAGGACAAACCCAGCAAGGACACGAAAGAGAAGCAGCUAACGGCUGGCAGUAAGGCGACGAGCGGCUCCGUGAUGCCCCCGCCGGCGGCGAACCGACAGCACUGCACCCAGGUGCGGACGCGGAGGCUGAUGAAGGAGCUGCAGGAGAUCCGGCGGCUCGGCGACAACUUCAUCACGGUGGAGCUGGCGGACGAUAACCUGUUUGACUGGAAUGUCAAGCUGCACCAGGUGGACAAGGACUCCGCGCUGUGGCAGGACAUGAAGGAGACCAACACCGAGUACAUACUGCUGAAUGUCACCUUCCCCGACAAUUUCCCCUUCUCUCCGCCGUUCAUGCGGGUCCUCACGCCGCGGCUGGAGAACGGAUACGUGCUGGACGGCGGCGCGAUCUGCAUGGAGUUAUUAACGCCUCGCGGCUGGUCGAGCGCUUACACCGUCGAGGCCGUGAUGAGGCAGUUCGCUGCCAGUCUGGUGAAAGGACAGGGUCGUAUCUGCAGGAAAGCAGGCAAGUCUAAGAAGGCCUUUAGUCGCAAGGAAGCUGAGGCGACCUUCAAGAGCCUUGUCAAGACCCACGAGAAGUAUGGCUGGGUGUCCCCUCCCGUGUCCGACGGCUGAUGUCAGCAUCUUCGACGGCGAUCCCGACAUGGCUUAUUUCAGUUGGGUUUUCUUCUUUUUCAUCAUCAAACUUAACUACGAAAAAAAAAAAAAAGCUAGCGCAUCAUAUCUUACACAACAACGUGGCACAUUCACCAUCACCCCGUCCUUCACUCUUCUUCAUCGAGGUGCCAUGGACCGAACACUCGCUGCGACAUCACAAUUACUCAUGAGUGGGCGUCGCUGCAGCUACAUACAGCUAAGGACUCUGGAUAUUAUUGAGGCUCCAAACAAAGUUAAAUGUGCACCAAUCCCACAUCCUCACUCUAUAUCCUUGUCUAUCCGUCUGUUUUGCUUAUUUUCUUCGCCAUCCAAUCCCUCUUUCCUUUUAUAGCUGACAAUGCAUUGCACUGAACAGCAUCAGACUUGCCCCCUUUUACAUGCAAAUGACUUUGUUGUUAACACUUAAUAGAUAAGCAGAUCAUUACACUACAUUUGAGGUUCGGUUUUUCUGGUUUCCUCCUCAUCGGCUGUGCUGUUUUUCACAGUUGGAUGCAACAUGAUGAUUGUAAUUUAUGUAGAGCUGUGCUCUUUCUUUUCCUCUGUACGCGUGGCAAAAUUUAGACAUCACUGUGUUGCGUAGCUGGUCAUUGAUUUCCAAUGGAGAAAAAAUACUCUAGGUCUUUGUUCAGACAGGCAGCAAAUAUCCGAUUUUUCAAAUUCAAUUGUUUUUUGAAGUCUGACCAGAAAAAAGAGAUGAAACCCAGUUUACAAACCCAUAUGUGUUCAAAUACAAUGAGAAAGUCUGGCAUCAUGCUAAUGCUUACAUCAAUACAAUGGCAACCAACAUAAUCUGAACAAACACCAGAUUUCAUCACUUAUAAAACAACAGGACUGCCAGUCCUAAAGAUCGGAUUUGAAAAAUUGGAUAGAUACGCAGUGUGAACAGAGUCUUCGUUGCUUAUGCAGACGUCAAAGAAAAUAAAUGUGAACCACCUCUAUUGGUCAUUCUAUUAUUUGUUUUUGGAGAAGACCAAAAGCUCUUAAUUCUGAUGAUUUAGAUACCAGAUGGCAUUAACGAAUGUCGACGUCCCAAUGGGAUCUUAGUAUUGGCGACAGAGAGAGGCAUGUGACAGACAUGGUGGUGUUUGCACAUGAGAUGUUGAGUGUUCAUCGUGGCAUCUGUCCCCAUGGAGCUCUGAGCGACAGGACAAUGCCGAUUGAGCGGACCCACCCCUUUGUGAGACAACAUAGGGAAUUACUGUAACUUGGCACUUUCACAUGCCGAUGCCACAGCUGAUGCCCCAAACACGAUCAAACAUUAAUUGUGCUGAUUCGCUCGUACUAUUUUGGCUCAUCGAUCGAUACGCUCGGGGUUGUGGGCCCCGAUUCAUCCGCCUUUCACUGACUCUGCAUCACUGUGCUGUGUGCUUGAUCAAUACUAGACUAGAACAACAGUAAACAAGACAAAAUGGCCGACAGCCCAGGGUAUAAGGUCUCAUGACUAUAAACAUCGCUCUCGAACUGCGUAAAUCAACGCACAAUCUCAGUUAUGACUUAAAACCUGGACUGGUAGCUGGUGCCGCUAC